AUGGCGUCCGCAGCCACCCCAAUCCUCCGCUUGCAGGCCAAGUCCUCGCCCAUCCCGCUUGGGCUCUGCGCCUUCGCCUACUCCCUCCCGCCAGCUCAGAUCCAGCUCGAGUGGGUCCACAGCCUGCCCAAGGAGGCCAACGGCGCGAACUGCCAGGUCGAGAUCAACGGCAAGUCGGUCUUUGGCACCGUCGACUGCUUCAAGGCAUUGGGCGACGCUUUCGCGGCCCAGGGUGCGCUCGGAAAGGACAACAAGGAGUCAACCGAGAUCCUGUCGCUUCUCCUGCUCGCACCGCCUUUCCCUCCCUCAUUCCCGACCGCAACUUCAUUCCUCUCCACCCUCGAGCAACGUCUCACGCUCCGCACCUACCUCACCGGCUCUUCGCACCCGACUGUCGCCGACUAUCACCUCUGGGCGGCUGUGAAGACGAACGUCAUCGCCAUCGGUCUCCUCCCGAAAGCCCUGCACACGCAGCGGUGGUUCAACCACCUCUCCGCUCUCCCUCCUUGCGCCAAAGCGCUGGUCGACGUCCCCGCGCAGUCGAAGGUCAAGCCCGCACCGGCAGCGGACAAGAAGGACGAGAAGAAGAAGGAGGAGAAGGCGAACGCGACCUUCGAGUUGGGCUUGCCCGGCGCGCAGAAGGGCAAGGUCGUCACUCGUCUCCCGCCCGAGCCGUCAGGCUACCUCCACAUCGGACACGCCAAGGCGGCAGUACUCAACCAGUACUUCGCCAGGAUGUACGACGGCAAGUUCCUCGUCCGUUUCGACGACACUAACCCGUCGAAGGAGAAGGCCGAGUUCGAGCAGUCGAUUGUCGAGGACCUCGCCCUUCUCGGUAUCAAGGCCGACGCGACGUCCUACACCUCCGACUACUUCGACCAGCUUCAGCAGUACGCCAUCCAGCUCAUCAAGGAUGGCAAGGCGUACGCGGACGACACGGAGCAGGAGGUCAUGCGCGACCAGCGUAUGAACGGCGUCGCGUCGGCUCGCCGUGACCUUUCGCCGGAAGAGUCGCUCGCCAAGUUCGCGGAGAUGGCGACCGGCUCGGACGAGGGCAAGCGGUGGUGCAUCCGCGCCAAAAUGUCAGUCGACGACCCCAACAAGGCGCUCCGCGACCCCGUCAUCUACCGCGUCAACGACCUCCCUCACCACCGCACCGGCUCGAAGUACAAGAUCUACCCAACCUACGACUUUGCCUGCCCCGUCGUCGAUUCGAUCGAGGGCGUCACUCACGCACUCCGCACGAACGAGUACCGCGACCGCAACCCGCAGUACCAGUGGAUGCUCGACGCGGUCGGCCUUCGCAAGGUGAACGUCUGGGACUUCGGCCGCCUCGCCUUCGUCUACACCCUCCUCUCGAAGCGCAAGCUCAAGUGGUUUGUCGAGAACGGCUACGUUUCGGGUUGGGAUGACCCCCGCUUCCCUACCGUCCGAGGCAUCCGUCGCCGCGGCAUGACCGUCGAAGCGAUCACGCAGUUCAUGUUGCAGCAAGGCCCGUCGCAGGCGUUCCUCAACCUCGAGUGGGACGUCAUCUGGAACCUCAACAAGAAGGUCAUCGACCCCGUCGCGCCGCGCUUCGUUGCGCUCGAGAAGGAGAACCUCGUUCCCGUCAAGAUCGUCGGUGGUGAAGGCAAGCCCGCCGAGGGUCAGGUCGAGUCGAAGGUCGUCCCGAAGCACAAGAAGAACCCGGAGGUCGGCGAGAAGACGACCUUCUACACCGACACGAUUUACGUCGAACAGGCGGAUGCGGCAAGCUUCGCGCAGGACGAGGAGCUCACCCUCAUGGACUGGGGCAACGCCUUUGUCCGCAAGAUCUCCCGCUCGUCCGACUCUGGCCCCGUCACUUCGCUCGAGAUGGAGCUCAACCUCGCCGGCGACUUCAAGAAGACGAAGAAGAAGGUCACCUGGCUCGCAAGCCCGAAGGCGCCGUCGUCGCCCGAGGACUUGACGCAGGUCUCGCUCCUCGAUUACGACUACCUCAUCACGAAGAAGAAGCUCGAGGAGGACGACAAUGUCGAGGAUUUGAUCAACCCCACGACGGAGUACCGAACCGAUGCCGUUGCCGACCACAACGUUGCCUCUCUCGCGCAGGGCACCAUCAUCCAGUUCGAGCGCAAGGGCUUCUACAUUGUCGACCGCGCCUUCGACGCUUCGAACCCGUCGCAGAGGGUCGAGCUCAUCCUUAUCCCCGACGGCCGCGCAAGUUCCGUCGCCCUCAAGCACCAAGCACCGUCAGCGCCCGCCAAGGACGCUUCGAAGGCCUCGAAGACGCCGUCGAAGGACAAGCAGGCUGCGAUGAAGGCGAAGAAGGGCGCCGAGGCGAUUUCUCUUCCUGAGCUUGCGCCUGCCGAGGCUGUCGAGGUCGUCCUCAAGAGCGACGGUUCGCGUGGCUACGACAUUCCUGUCAAGACCAAGAUGUACAAGGUCGACAGCCCGCACGGCCAUGAGGCGUACGAGACGCCGACGACGACGUCAAUGUACGAGAUGCGGCCCAUCAACGAGUAG